GGCCGAGGAUGCCCGCGGCCGGCGCCGGGGGGGAGCGGAGGCCGCUGCUGGCGCGGAGGCCGCGGGCGCCCGGCCAGUGGCGGCGGGCGGCGGCCGCGGCGGCCGCGGUGCUGCUGGUGGCGGCGCUGGAGCGCGCCGCCUUCUUCGGCGUCUCGGCCAACCUGGUGCUCUACCUCAACAGCGCCAGCCUCCACUGGGACGGCCCGCAGGCGUCCCGCGCCGCGCUCGUCUUCCUGGGCGCGUCCUACCUGCUGGCGCCGGCGGGGGGCUGGCUGGCCGACGCGUACCUGGGCCGCGCCCGCGCCGUCGCGCUCAGCCUGCUGCUCUACCUGGCGGCCUCCAGCCUGCUGCCCGCCACCGCCUUCCGCGACGGCCGCCGCGCCCUCUGCGGGCAGGUGCCCGCGGCGCCGCUGGGGCCCGCCUGCCGGGAGCCCGCCUGCGCGCCCGCCGCGCCCGCCCCGGCCUGCGCGCCCGCCGUCUACUGCGGGCUGCUGCUGCUCGCCCUGGCCGCCAGCUCCGUCCGGAGCAACCUCACCGCCUUCGGGGCUGACCAGGUGAUGGAUCUUGGUCGCCACGCCAGCCGCCGCUUCUUCAACUGGCUUUACUGGAGCAUCAACGUGGGUGCCGUGCUGUCGCUACUGGUAGUGGCCUUUAUCCAACAGAACAUUGACUUCCUGCUGGGCUACAGUAUCACCGUGGGCUGCGUGGGCCUGGCCUUCUUCAUCUUCCUCUUCGCCACCCCCAUCUUCAUCACCAAGCCCCCCACAGGCAGCCAAGUGUCCUCUAUGCUGAAACUCGCUUUCCAAAACUGCUGUCCCCACCUGCAGCACCGACACUCUGUCAGAGACCCUCAAGGCGCCCAACUGCUGCCUGACCAGAGGUCUCCCCAGCCUGGCCCUUCCCCCCAAGAGGACAUUGCCAACUUCCAGGUGCUGGUGAAGAUCUUGCCCGUCAUGGUGACCCUGGUGCCUUACUGGAUGGUGUACUUCCAGAUGCAGUCUACGUAUGUCCUGCAAGGUCUUCAUCUCCGCAUCCCAAACAUUUUCCCAGACGUUCCUGCCAAUAGCUCCAUGGCUCUGGGAGCCCAGGGUAGCGGCUACAAGAUCCCGGAAGCCUGGCUCCUCCUGGCCAAUGUCGUGGUGGUGCUGAUCCUGGUGCCCAUGAAGGACCACUUGCUCGACCCAUUACUGCUGCGGCACAAGCUGCUUCCCUCAGCCCUGCAGAAGAUGGCACUGGGCAUGUUCUUUGGUUUUGCCUCUGUCCUUGUGGCAGGAGGCCUGGAGAUGGAGCGUCUACAGUACAUCCAUCGCAACCAGACAGUGUCCCAGCAGAUUGGGAAGGAUGUGUACUACGCGGCACCACUGUCCAUCUGGUGGCAGAUCCCUCAGUACCUGCUCAUCGGGAUCAGUGAGAUUUUUGCCAGUAUCCCAGGCCUGGAGUUUGCUUACUCAGAGGCUCCGCGCUCCAUGCAGAGUGCCAUCAUGGGCAUCUUCUUCUGCCUGUCGGGAGUGGGCUCACUACUGGGCUCCAGCCUCGUGGCACUACUGUCACUGCCCCGGGGAUGGCUGUACUGCCCCAAGGACUUUGGGAAUAUCAACAAUUGCCGGAUGGACCUUUACUUCUUUCUGCUGGCCAGUAUUCAGGCCGCCACAGCCCUCCUGUUUAUCUGGAUUGCUGGUCGCUAUGAGAGGGUAGCUCAGAGCCCGGCCUCCCAAAGCUGUCCCAGCAGGGAUAGGGGCUGAACACCGCCACCCCCGACUCCCCCUCGCUUCUCUCCCAGGACACAGGCAGCAGCAGUCCCAGGUGGGGGUUCCUUCAGUUUAUUCUGUACCCAAUAUUACGAUGAAAUGGUUCUCAUAAAUAAGGGGCAUAAGCCCUUCCUCACGA